AUGAAUGUAUCUACCCCAACUUUCCCAUGGCAUGUCAUGCCGACCCUUGACUCACUCAUGUCUGGGGACAAGCUUUCUACCAUGGAGCUGCCACAUCCACGAACAAUAGUGGCAAGUCUCUUAGCCAUAGUAUUCACGCUAUCCUACUAUCGGUCUUUCACGAAGAAGACAGGUCUAGAAAGCUUCCCUGGACCAUGGUAUGCACCCUACACGGCCAUGCACCUUCGAUGGCUCUUUGCCCGUGGCACGAUCCACGACUAUGUUGAGAAGAUGCACAAACAGUAUGGUGAUGUGAUUCGUCUGGGACCAAGGCAGAUUUGGGUCUCAGACAAAGGGGCUAUGAAACAGAUUCUUCUCACCAUUGACCUGCCAAAGGUUACUAUGUAUGCCGAGAUCUCGAGAGACAGAAGUAGCCCAGGCCUUUUCGGAGAGAUCCGUCCAGUGCCCCACCGCAACCUCAAGAAGUUUCUCAGUCCCGCCUUCACCGUGGCAUCUGUGGACAAAUUAGACACCUACUUCAAAGCAUGCGUAUCAACCUUGCUUGACAACUACUACGAUGAAGUCGACAAAGCCGUCUCCAAAGAUCUCAGUUCCGAGCCCAAUGGCAAUAUCCAAACAGACCUUAUGCGCGAUCUACAUUGCCUCGCCUUGGACAUCAUGGGCGAGUCCUCAUUCGGCAAAGGCUUUGGGCAGAUUGACAAGAUCUUCGAUCCGAGAAAAAUGCUUUCGAGCAGAGAUAAACGGUGGAGUAAGAUUCCCAAUGCGAUCUUCGAUGGGCAGGCCAGGAGGUAUGGAUUGGUUUUCAUCAAGAGAUUUUUGAGGCGGAUAGGGUAUGAAUGGGAGGUUGAUUGGCCCAAGGAAAUGACCACUGCUAUUUGCGAACUCGUCGACGAACGUGCUGCAGCACAGGGAUCAGCAAAGAACGCGGCACGUAUCGAUGUCUUACAGCACAUGUUGGAUGAGGGUGCGCGACCGGAUACUGGAGAGCGUAUGUCGAAUCAGGAUAUAAUUGAUCAGAUGUCUGAACUUCUUCUCGCUGGUUCGGAAACUACAUCCGGAACGAUGGCAUGCCUCUUUGUGGAACUCGCGCGAACCCCCGCAGCCCUAGACAAGCUUCUCGCUUCGCUCCCCCCUCUGUCUCCCUCAUCUCCCAUCCUUGACUCCAAAACCGUACGAACGGACCCACAAUAUCGCUACCUUGAAGCCUGUCUCAAAGAAAACCUGCGCAUGAACCCCAUUGCCUCUGAACUAGGUCGUCGCACUCUAGAUCAAGGCCACAAUGUUAAUGGAUUCGAUAUCCCGCCCUAUACGAUCGUUUCAGCCAGUUAUAGGGCACUACAUCGGGAUGAACGAUACUGGCCCGAGCCAAACAGGUUUUGGCCAGAACGAUGGCUGGAGGGUAAGGAGAGGGAGGGUGCGCCAGAACCAGAGUAA